AUGCAGUCGUACCACCCCUUCCGGCUUUGCCAGUCUGCAAGAGCCUUGAUCGCGGCCGUUCUGAUUUUGUUGCUUGUGGUCUUUUCUUUCUCCAAGUUCGAGCGUUUCCCUUCGGUCCGUGACCAGGUUACAUAUACCUCGUCUUCCCCCUCAUCAUCGAACUCUUCAUCAUACCCCUCCAAUGCCGACAAUGCACAAAGUCCCGAAAGGGAGCCUAUCGAAAAUAACCCAGCCGACUGCUCUCUUGAUAUCGACCUCCUGAAAGCCUGGGGCUAUAAUGAGACAAUCGAAUAUGCACGCUGGGAAAUCUCGGUGGUCCAGACGGACAAGUUUCAAGGAUUCUCAUCGGACCUGAGCCUAUCGGCCCCGGACUUUACCACCAUCGACGCGAGUGUUCCCGGCACCGUCCACGCACUUCCGCAAGAACGAUGCGCUAUGGCAGCCACCAUUGAAGCGCCUCGGCCCAAUCGUCCAGUGGACGCGUCGCACUUGAUCUUUGGUGUCUCAACGAGCCUGGAGCGACUAGACAACUCGCUGGAGGCAUUUGCGCACUGGGCCGGAGGAACAAAUGCACGCAUUAUUGCAAUGAUCAAGGAUGAUUACGCGAUAAACAAGACUAUUGUCAUGGAACAUGCCGUCGAAAAGGAUAUCCGGUUGGAAAUAAUCGAGCAUUCAGACGAUACUCUGGACCGGUAUUUCCGUUUAACGAACGUGCUUCUGCACGAGCGCGACAAUGCCACGACCGAGUGGGCCGUCAUCAUUGACGACGAUACUUUCUUUCCGUCAAUGAGGAACCUUGUCAAUGGGCUCAAGGAGUAUGACAGUUCCAAGCCCUGGUACAUCGGAGCACCUACUGAGAACCUCAACCAAAUGGGCGUAUUUGGGUAUAUGGCAUAUGGAGGAGCUGGUAUCUUCCUUAGCAUCCCCAUGCUCCAGGAGAUGGAUCAUUACUUCGAAGACUGCUACAUGUUCAAGGACACCGGCGAUAAGCGGGUUGCGCAGUGCAUCUAUGGACACACCCGGACCCAGUUGACCUGGGAUCACCGACUCUUCCAGAUGGAUUUCCAAAACGAUGCAACUGGCUUUUGGGAAUCUGGGCGGCCUCUUCCGCUUUCCUUGCACCACUGGAAGUCUCCCGAAUGGUUCCCCCACGAUGUGAUUGGCAUGAGCAAAGCCGCUUCUGUUUGUGGCGAUAACUGCCAACUUAACCGAUGGCGGGUUACCGAUGAGUGGUUCCUCGUGAACGGCUUCUCUGUCGUGGAAUAUUCGCAGCCGCAGGACGAGGAAGACUUGAAAGCCAUGGAGGCCACUUGGGAUUCCAACCCGUGGGCGAUCGAGGAGGGCUAUGCUUAUAGUCUCGGGCCCUUGCGCCCGAAAGACUGGAUGAAGGACUCCUACCAACUCAAGGGCGCUGUUUUAGAAGGCAACCGUCUUCGCCAGUACUAUAUUCUUGAACCAUUUCUGGCUGAGAAGGCAAGGGUAAUUGAAGUCGUCUGGACGGUGUCUGAGGCGAAGAAGAAAGGCAUUUUCCACUGGUCUGGUUGA